AUGUCCAUUAAGGUGAUUGAGGUGCCAGGUGUGGAAGCUGAUGAUGUGAUUGGAACGUUGGCUGUUAGGAGUGUUGAUACUGGGUACAAGGUACGGGUUGUCUCCCCAGACAAAGACUUUUUCCAGAUCCUAUCUCCUUCAUUACGUCUUUUACGAAUUGCUCCACGUGGCUUUGACAUGGUUUCAUUUGGCAUGGAAGAAUUUGCUAAAAAAUAUGGAACACUUCAACCUUCUCAGUUUGUUGAUGUGAUCUCACUUGUUGGUGACAAAUGCGAUAAUAUUCCAGGAGUUGAUGGAAUCGGAAACGUUCAUGCUGUGCAACUCAUCACUAAAUUUGGCACAUUGGAGAAUCUUUUGCACUGUGUUGAUCAAGUUGAAGAGGAGCGAAUCAGAAAGAUCUUGAUAACAAGUGCUGAUCAGGCUCUCUUGAGCAAGAACUUGGCACUAUUACGUUCUGACCUUCCAUUCUACAUGGUACCUUUCACCACAAAAGAUCUGGCAUUUCAAAAACCUGAGGACAAUGGGGAGAAAUUCACGAGCCUCUUAACGGCUAUAAGUGCAUAUGCGGAAGGAUUUUCAGCUGAUCCAAUCAUCAGGAGAGCAUUUUACUUAUGGAACAAACUUGGAAAACCAUAA